AUGUCGGAACCUGCUGCCAUUCGAGACUGCCUGCCAUCUGAAGUAUUUGCGAGCCUGUAUGUAACCUAUUUACCCCUCCAUCCUGUUUGCUCGAUGCCGGAAGGGCAUAUGGUAACUUGCGGAAUUUUGACCGCCACGGGGGGCUUCUUCCGAGGACCAGGAACAGCGCCGAAAAAGGACGUGAGACAGCACCUUGCCAUGGUUCCCAACUCGCCAGCAAUUUGGCCAAUCAGGGUUGCGUCCGGCCUUCCAGCAGACCCGGCCCGGUCCCCUUGCGCCCAAACAACUAAAGGCUAUGAUCUUCGCCUCUGGGUGUCUGCACUAUGGAGAACUAGUUUUAGUGGAUUGCGUAGAGCAAGAUGGCAUCUUAUGUAUGGAGCACUUGACCCAGACUCGGUCCUGAAAUAA